GAGGAGGGAGGCGGCGAGAGAGGAGGAGUGAGGAGUUUGGAUGCUUCAGUCGACACACCACACGGAUUCAGCAUAAGUUCACCGAGCAACUUUGAGACGGGAAGCCGUGGAAAUAACAGCAGGGAGCAGGGAUGGAUCUGUCGGUGGUUCGGUUCUGCUGGGUUCUGCUCGGCCUCUUCGCAGGUGUGGCCUCCGGUUUAGAUAUCACCUCCUCGGGGCCGACAUCCAUAGAAAAAGCCAGCGGUCAGAGCGUGAAGCUGGACUGCCAGUUCAGUCUGGCUCCCCAAGAUUCUGGACCUCUGGAUAUCGAAUGGAGCUUGUUGGCCUCCGACAACCAGAAAGAGGACAAAGUGGUGAUCAUAUACUCCGGCGACAGGGCCUACGAGGACUACUACGAGCCUAUGAAGGGCCGGGUCCACUUCAACGCAGCCGACCCCAAAAACGGCGACGCCUCCAUUAAUCUGACGGGGCUGAAGUCGACCGACUCGGGCACCUACCAGUGCAAAGUGAAGAAGGCUCCCGGGAUCCGCAGCAGGAAGAUGCUGCUGAUCGUCAUGGUGAAGCCAUCCAAGCCCAGGUGCUACACCGAAGGCCCUGCACAAGAAGGCAAAGACAUCGUGCUGAGGUGCAUCUCUAACGAGGGCACUAGCCCCCUGCAAUACAGCUGGGAGAAGACCAGUGGCAACAAGCUGCUUCCCGCCUCCGCUGUGCUGGAUCCUGUGGGAGGCACCAUUAACGUGAGGAACGCAUCUGCCAGCACAUCUGGCACCUACCGCUGCACUGCCAGCAACCGCGUUGGCACUGAGGAAUGUAUACUUCAUCUCAACGUGACACCCCCCCCCAACACCGCAGGCAUCAUCGCGAUAGCCAUAAUUGCCGUGCUCCUGAUCCUCAUCAUUAUCGCCAUCAUCCUCUUCUGCUGCUGCCGCGCCCGUCACAGGAAGAAGUACGAGAAGGAGAUCUGCAACGAGAUCAGGGAGGACGUGCCCCCUCCCAAGAGCCGCGUUUCGACGGCGCGCAGCUUCACCGUGGGCAGCCAGCGCUCCUCCCUGGGCUCCAUGUCGCCCUCCAAUCUGCACGAGUACGCCCUGAAGCCCCAGUACGACAAGAUCCCCUCAUCGGAGGAGUACGAGAGGCCUCCGAGCCAAGUCCCUCUGCCACCGCCCAACGCCGUCAAGAUGGCCGGCCCCAACCUCAGCCGCAUGGGGGGCAUCCCCGUCAUGAUUCCUGCCCAGAACAGGGACGGCUCAAUCGUCUAGCCUGGCCUCUUCUUCUCGGGGAAGGGACCGUGCAACGAAGGGGAGGGAACAGAGGAAGGGAGUAGGACACAAGCCAAUGAAGACGGAGCAGGAGCUGGGAUGGGGCUGACUCGCCCGACUUUUAGCUCCACAUUAUUUACAAAUGGGAGUGUUACUCCUCUUAUGAAGACCUGGCUCUGCUGUGGUGCUUAGAAGGGAGAUUGAGUCGUACUGGAAUCACAACAGAGCACAUUAACUUUUUAUCAAAUACAAUUACAAAAAAAAAAAAAAAAAAAAAAAAAAACUUUUAUGAAUUCUACUUUCUGGACUUUCUCACUGAAAAAUGGAUUUAAAUCAGAAUGGUCAAUAUACAAAUUAUAUUGUACAUACGUGAAUGCAUGCUCUUUAUUUUCCUUUGUUUUUUAAUAUAGAUGGCCCUUACUGUAUGUUCAAAACAGAUCCAGCUGUACAGCUGUAUGCAUGCAUGUAUGUAAAGAAUUACAGCUGUGCGUAUGCGUGAAUAUACGCGUGUGUAUGUGAACGGGCGUUUGGGAAAUGUAUAGUUCAUUUAUCGUCUUUUUAAUGCCUCCAUAACAGUAUGAUCGGUUUUCAGGCGAUCCGAUCUCCGGUUCUUUUUAAUUAACGAGAUGUUCUGAUGAAACUGGAAGACGGACUUUAUCCCACAGAGUUGAAAAGUUUCUAUUUAGGUCAGCCGUUUGCUGUUUUGAAUUGUCCGGUCUGGAUUGGCUGGUGGCGAGGGGGGAGGUUCAGGCCACCUCAUCCUGUGAUUGGGUGGAUUAUUGCUUCUUGACCGAUCUUAAGAAACAAUAAGAACACCCCUCCUCCUCCUUCAAGCCCUCCUCUGGAGAUCUUAGAGGAGGAGGAGGAGGUGGUGGUGGAGUGUCGGGUAAUAAGGGGGGCAGCUGGACGGCAAGGUUCACCGAGCAAUCUGCUUUGAUUGUGUUUGACUGCCAACAGGCCCCUAACCCCAGUGACCACCAGCCAGCGCCCCCCACCCAACACACACACACACACUAGCAGGAGUUUUAAUCAUCAUCCGUACUAUCAGUCACCCCCCUCAGAUACCCGCCAUGUGUAAUCCCCACCCCCCCUUUUAUUUGCAUUACAAGGAGCCAACGUCUUGAUUAACCUUCUCUCUGUGGUCAGUAUGAAACCUUGCAUGGCUUCUUCAGUCGUAUUAAUUGAACUUUUUAACGAGGAACGUGGCCACAAAGAACAGCGAAUGUGAAAAGCCUUAGAGUGCUGGAUUUGUACCGCUCUGAAUCCGCUUCACAUCCAGUCUGGAUCGAGUUUGUUUUGCAGCUUCUCGGUGCUGCAGAAAUGUUUGUUCAGUUCAGUCGGUCUGUCGGUGUAAAUUUCCAUAGGCCAGUCCUUUGUGUAUUCUGUGGGUUAUACUUCUUAAACUAUUCCUCCGCUGCUUGCAAAAUUGUUAUGAAGUCCGACAUCUCAUCCUGUCUGCUACUUUACAAAAAAUACUUUGAGUGGGCAAACUUUUAUUUUUGCUCCGGCGCCUUAUUCUGUUCCUUAUUUUAGCCUUACACACUCCCCUCAGCUCACCUCUGCACAGCCCUCACAGCUGGACUCUGAUAACUAACUAUUGUGCCUUGUUGCCCCAGUCGAGUUGUGUCAUAGCGCGUCCACCGACGUGCGACGUGCAGUAGCAGCAUCACCCCGAGCGGCCGUCGUAGCCCACAACCGCCAGAACAAUACAACGAUCACUGGUGACGAGCUUAUCGAUUGUUUCGUGUUGCCUCGAUUAGGUCAAGCCUCGGAUUUCCCCACAACCACUCACCUUCCAGAGCUUAACAAAACCUUUAUCGCUUUUUUUAAAUUCCAAAACAUGACUUCAUGUUUUUUAUUUUAACAUUUUUUAAAAAGAA